CAACUCAAUAAUUAAGGAUCUUUUAAAAGUUCACAUAAACCAGGGCUGCUUACCGGAAGAAGUGUGUACCAGCACCAACCGUCUAUUACGUUCGGCGCCUGGGAGACCCCCUCCCCGGCUCCCCGGCCCCGUCAAUGUCUCGGAUUACUAGCAGUGAGGAUCAUAGAGUACGAUUGUCAGUGUUGAGCGCGGAGGCACGUCGGUCACAGGGGAGGCGGCACCGGGCCUGAGCACGUGGGGCAACGUGACAACACGAAGGGACGGUGAACAAGGAAAAGAGUGCAACUGUGCAUCCCCAGCAGUGAGCGAACUGGAAGUGACGAGCGUCUGUGAGUGUUGAGUCAGUGAUCUUUGAUCCACGGUCUUCACAUUUCCAAUCGGCAGCCAACACUGAAAAGUGUGAACGAGUGAGCAGCCACCUCGGCGACCGCACAACUCGAUACCCUUGCAAUCGCUGAGCCGCCAUGUCUGGAGGCGCCGCCGGUCAAUCGGAGCCGGCCGUGGUCAUCCGCCCCGCAGUGGUGACCGACUGCGUCCAGCUGCACGCCAACCUGGAAGCCAUCAACCUCUUCGAGAAGCGCGACAUGACGCUGCCACAGCUGAGCGUGGCGGACCUGGAGCGGGACGGGUUCGGUCCGGAGCGCGUGUUCUGGGCGCUGGUAGCAGACCGGGGCGGCGAGCUGAUUGGACACGCCAUCUACACUCUCAACUGGGCCGGUUACGACGGCAUCGGCCGCUGCCUGUUCCUGGCUGAUUUAUUUGUGCGCGAGUCGGCGCGUCGGCUGGGUGUCGGGCGGCGCCUGAUGCGCGCUCUCGCCGCCGUUGCCGUCCGCCGCGGAGCGCCGCACAUUGACCUCACCGUGUACGGAUGGAACGAGCCGGCGCUGCGGUUUUACCGCAGCCUGGGCGGUCGCUCUGCGACCGAUAACGACCAGCUGACCUGCUACUACUGCGACCGGGCCGCCGUGCGCCGGCUGGCUGCCGAGCAUGAGGAACAGGAGGCGUCAGCCGCGGACAGCGCUGCGGCACACUGAUUGUAACGGAGACAGGGGUCCGAUUCUGCGGAUACCCGACAGCCGAUACGGGUGUGGUGCUCGGACGUCAUUGUGACGCCCUUUUAUCUCUACCACUGCACAGUAGUUAUUUGUGAGCGGCUUCGAAUACAGUGAUUACGGUCUUCA